UUCUCCCUGGAGCCACUCCUCUGACACAGCGGGUACAGUGUAACAAAUUCUGCGCUCAGCAGAGAAACUUCAAGACAGCCACAGCACCAUAAUACCAGACACAUUUCUCUCCCUCUCGUAUCAGAUCAACACUGAAGCACUGCACACUGAAAAUGGGUUAGAGGGGAAGUUUCCGGAUUAUUCACUUACACCACAUUGAAAGGAUGGGGAGAUAGUUUUUAAUAUUGCAGAAGAAGAUUAAAGAAGAAUAAGCAGGAUAAAAGACUGGAAUUGUUUAUUUUUUUUCUUUUCUCUUUACUUUUUUGAAAUGAUUGUAGAGUUAGUGUGCAGCGCUGUGGCUGUUGUCCUCAAUUUGAAUACACUGGGUGCUGAUUUCUGCUACGAUGACAGCCGCGCCAUCAAAACCAAUCAGGAUUUGCUACCGGAAACUCCCUGGACACACAUUUUCUACAAUGACUUUUGGGGGACGCUGCUUACCCACAGUGGCAGCCACAAGUCCUACCGCCCACUUUGCACUCUCUCCUUCCGCCUUAACCAUGCCCUGGGGGGCCUGGAUCCCUGGGGCUACCACCUUGUCAACAUUCUGCUGCAUUGCAGUGUCACGGGCCUCUUCACCCGCCUUUCACGGCUCCUUCUCGGGGGCGGUUACUGGACCUUGAUGGCGGGGAUGCUGUUUGCCUCACACCCUGUGCAUACUGAAGCUGUGGCAGGGAUUGUAGGCCGGGCGGAUGUUGGUGCUGCCCUCUUCUUCUUGCUUUCGCUGCUUUGCUACAUACGAUACUGCUCCCUGAGAGGGCACUGUGUCCACUGCUGGUCCUGGUUGCUGGGUAGCUUUGUCUGUGCGACCUGCAGCAUGCUGUGGAAAGAACAAGGAGUGACUGUCUUGGCCGUGUCAGCAGUUUAUGAUGUCUUUGUGUUCCACAGGCUCAAAUUUCAUCAGGUCAUCUUGCUUAUUUUUAAGAAAAAGAAUACCUCCCUGCUUCUCAGCGUGAGCUCCUUAGCCGCCUGGGGUACCAUCUUACUGGUGGCCCGCUUGUACUGGAUGGGCAACAAGCCACCCAGUUUCUCCAGCUCGGAUAACCCAGCAGCUGACUCACACAGCCUCUUGACGAGGACUCUGACAUUCUUCUACCUGCCUUCCGUCAACGUGUGGCUGCUGCUGUGCCCGGACACCCUGAGCUUUGAUUGGUCCAUGGACGCCGUGCCUCUACUCAGGAACGUUGGCGACUGGAGGAACCUUUACACUGUGGCCUUUUAUGUUGGAUUGUUGCUCCUGGCUUGGGUCAGCCUCAGGAGUCACUCAAGAGUCGAGGAGACCAAUGGGAAAGCAUAUGUAAUGAAUGGGAAGCAUACAAGCACAAACGGGAAACAUACAGGCACAAACGGGCACAGUUGUCACCCAGACACGGGACUCUCAAAUUCAGGGUCUCAUCCUGUAAAUAGUACUGAGAAUGGUAUAAAAAAUCAUGUUAUUCCAAGGACGCCACUUCCCACCACGAAAAACGUAGUGGUCUUCUCUUUAGGGCUAUUGACAGUGCCCUUUCUCCCUGCCACUAAUUUGUUUUUCUAUGUGGGUUUUGUAAUAGCAGAGCGUGUACUCUACAUACCCAGCAUGGGCUUCUGCUUGCUGGUGACAGUGGGCAUGAGGGCCCUUUACAUCAAAUUCAGGAGAAGGUUCUUGAAGAGCCUACUGUUGUAUUGCACUGCCACCUUGGUCCUUUUGUACGGGAUAAAGACUGUUUUGAGGAACCAAGACUGGCAGGAUGAGGAGAUGUUAUACAAGUCAGGGAUAAAUGUAAACCCAGCGAAAGCGUGGGGUAACCUUGGUAAUGUCCUCAAAAGCCAGGGCAAGAUGGCAGAGGCUGAAAAGGCUUAUAGAAACGCCUUGUACUACCGCAGCAACAUGGCUGACAUGCUGUAUAAUCUAGGUUUGCUGCUACAGGAAAACAACAGGUUCUCUCAGGCACUGCACUACUAUAAGCUGGCAAUUGGUAGCAGGCCUACAUUAGCUUCUGCAUACUUGAAUACAGGGAUCAUCCUGAUGAAUGAGGGAAGGCUAGAUGAGGCCAAGCGAACGUUCUUGAAGUGCGCUGAAAUCCCAGAUGAAAACCUGAAGGACCCUCAUGCACACAAGAGCUCUGUAACCAGCUGCCUGUAUAACCUGGGGAAGCUCUUCCAUGAAAGAGGGCAGCAAGAGGAGGCCCUGUCAGCAUAUAAAGAAGCAAUACUGAAAAUGCCAAGACAAUUUGCACCCCAAAGCCUAUACAAUAUGAUGGGAGAGGCCUACAUGAGGCUAAACAAACUGACAGAAGCUGAACACUGGUACCGGGAGUCGCUGCAAGCCAAGCCUGACCAUAUCCCAGCUCACCUCACGUAUGGAAAGCUACUGGCACUCACAGGACAUAAGCUUGAAGCAGAGAGAUACUUUUUGAAGGCAAUUCAGCUGGAUCCCAGAAAGGGAAAUUGCUAUAUGCAUUAUGGUCAGUUUUUGUUGGAAGAAUCCCGCUUGCUCGAAGCAGCUGAGAUGGCCGAGAAAGCUGCACAGCUUGACAGCACAGAGUUUGAUGUGGUCUUUAACGCAGCCCAUAUGCUCAGACAAGCCAGUCUCAAUGAAGCAGCUGAAAAAAAUUAUCGACUUGCAGCAGACCUAAGGCCCAAUUAUCCAGCUGCCUUGAUGAAUCUUGGGGCUAUCCUCCAUCUUAAUGGAAAACUACAAGAUGCAGAAGUGUAUUACCUCCAAGCACUUAAACUCAAACCAGACGAUGUCAUCACUCAGUCCAACCUUCAAAAACUGUGGAACAUCAUGGAGAAACAAGGGCUAAAGACCUUGGGCACAUGACACAGGCAUUGAAGUUGAACAUUAUCCAUGAAGGGAAAACAACAUAUAACAAUAAAUAGAAGCCACAUGGUGGAUAUCAUGUGCUAAAUUGGCCAUCUAAAGGUGUUAAAAUAGUCCCCCCUAGUGAGAUAUUACCAUGGGAUACAAUAUCUGUUAAAUUAACUGUUAGACUUUAGCAAGAGCCAAGAACUGUGUGUAAAAUGGGAGCACUUAACUUGAAGCAGGACAUUGCUGCAUACUUGAAAUCUGGUGGUAAAGCUGAUAUGGGUUGGCAAUCGUUGUUUGGUUCUCUUGAGACAAUA